AUGAAUGGCUAUUUCAGUAGUUUUGAAGGAGCAAAGGAGGAUGAAACAGAAAAAGAAGUGGAAAAUUUUGAUUCAAAAAUGCGUCGAAAAUGUAAAGGUGGAGCGAGGAGGUAUAAAACUCCAAGUCCACAGUUACUUCGAAUGAGACGUCAAGCAGCGAAUGCACGUGAAAGACGACGCAUGAAUAACUUAAAUGAUGCUUUCGAUAAAUUGCGAACUGUUUUACCAUCUGUGGGCACUGGGAGAAGGCUAUCAAAAUUUGAAACUUUACAAAUGGCUCAACAAUACAUUGACUGCUUAGCGGAAUUACUGAACAAGUCAUGA